AUGGCCGCCCAGCCAUCGUUCAAUUCCAAUAACCCGUUUCGUCGCAGGCCCGUUGCCGCUACCGACGUCCCAGAUCUGCAGUCGACGACCCCUCCUCCGCCACCACCGCCGGCGAUACAGGGUGAUGAUAAUACCUCGAGUUUGACGAUUGGGGGCGGCGGCGGUGAUCAAUUCUGGGAAACAUUGCAGGGUGUACCGAGACCGGCUCAGCCGCCGCCGACGACGAGUUUUCUGAAGCAAAAGGUUGUCAAGAAGGUGAGGGUGCAGAGCCCGCCGCCGAGUAGUUCGGAGGAGAGUGAUGGGUUUGGGGAGAGGUUCCCGCCGAUUGGGGAGCCGGAUGAGGAGAGUGAUAGUGGUAGUGAGAGUAGUGAGGAGGAGGGGGAGGAGGGGGAGGAGGGGAGGAGGGGGGGAGGAGGAGGAGGUGGUGGUGGAGGUAGAUCCUUUUGGGGUGGGUGGGGGUCGAAUAAGAGCUCGGUUGAGGAGUUGGCGGUGCAAAGGGGGGAUAGGUGGCGGGAGGGAGGGGUGCCGAGGAUAUCUUUUCAGAUGGGACAACCAGGGUUGGAGGAGAGGGGGGAAACUGAGGUGGGGGCAGGAGGGUCGAGGGGAGGGCUGGAUGUGGAUGCGUUCAGGAGGCUGUUGUUGACUGGACAGACCGGGGGAUCAACACCGGCACGGUCGAGUGCUGAUCUCGGGAGGGCGGAGGAAAGAGCUGGGACGGAGAUAACGAUACAGUUGCAGGACCCGCCACGUCUAUCACGGGAAAUACCAGGCCAGACGGUUGGAGAUGAGCAGCAGAGGUUACUCCCCAACCCUCCCGCCGCCACCCUCCAACCUGCACCGACCAUCCUGAGAAAGAAACCCCCUCCCCCGAGCUCCCGCCAUGGAAAACUCAUCCGACCAGACCCGACCCGCCAGGAGAGCAGCAGCUCCCUAGGCGGCAAAACCUCGUCUUCAUCAUCACUAGCAAGCCCUAAACCUGUCACGUCACCAUCUCGACAGCGGCCCCCAACCCCGUCAGACGUUAACAAACCCCUCCCUUCCCAACCCUCGGUGUCAGAAGAUGGCAAUAUCUUCGACCACGAAGCAGCAGGGAAGAUUCCCGAGCCUGCCAUGCCCGACCCAGGUCUUCACAUCAUCCACGCUUUACGCUCCCCCUCCCCAACCUCUAGUCUGCCGACACCACCACCGUCCGAGCCUAGGCCUUUUUCACCAGAGGAGGAACUGUUUAGCAGUACUCGUCGAUCAUCAAUGGAAUCGACCCGUUCCCGGUCUUCUUCCUUACGAGCCAACAUCCACGCGCCGGCACCGCCGCCCCCGAGGAGACCAUCGCAGAGGGUGGUGGCGUCACCCAGUGGUGAGGCUGUAUCUCCGCCGCCGACACUGUCUGGGAGUAGUACGCCGAAUAAUAACAGUGUGGUCACAACGACGCUGGCGGGAUCGGUGGUGGAAGCUAUUGCCAGCCCUCCACCGGUGGUAGGGACGGCAAAGGAAAAGUUGACGCCACCGCCGCCGCCUCCGGCUAGGGGGGCGAGUGUGAGGGCUAAGAAACCUGUCGGGGCAGCGGGGGAGGGGGUGGUGAGGAGGAGUAGUGGGAAUAGCAAGCCGGCGCCGCCGGUGCCGAAGCAUAGGGGUGGUGGUGGUGGUGGUGGUGGUAGUGUUAGGAAUAGUGCUAUGGCGAUGGCGACGGCGGCAACACCGGACACGACGGAUGAGGUGGUGGUGUCCUCACCUGGGGGUGGGGGUGGUGAUGGGGUGGAUAUACUGGCUGAUUUGACGAGGUUGCAGAGGGAGGUGGAUGAGUUGAGGGCUGGGUUGGCUAAUGGGGGGUCGAAGUGA